UGUGUGUGUGUGUGUGUGUGUGUGCGCGUGUUCGUGAGGGAGGCACUAUGCAGUCGGAGCUCCACACACACAGAGCAUGCCUGUGAGUGCGGGCUCGGGCAAACAUGAGCCUUCCCAGCCCAGAGAUCGUCCACAGCAGCAGCCUGAACUCCCGUCUGAGCCCCCCUCUGCCCUCCCCCUCUCCUCUCUCCCUCUCUCACUGCCUCUCUCUCUCCCUCUUCUCAUCUACUCUCGCCCUGCGCAGCCUCUUCCCCGCCACCUCUCCAGCACAAGCCGGGGGGACAUCUCCCACUCUCCGUACGCCGACGUUUGCCGAGCGCCGGCCGGCCCCAUGGAGGAACCCCAGGGCAACACACUGGUCGUCCGCAUAGGCAUCCCUGACCUGCAGCAAACGAAAUGCAUGAAGUUUAAUGUGGAGUCGCCCAUCUGGUUGUCUAAACAACGAAUCCUCUGCACACUCAACCAGAGCCUGAAGGAUGUGCUAAACUACGGCCUCUUCCAGCCUGCGUACAAUGGUAAAGCCGGAAAGUUCCUGGAUGAGCAGCGAACACUGAAAGAAUACCCAUUUCCUGCCAUCUCUCCUGUCCCAUACCUAGAGUUUCGCUAUAAGAGGCGAGUGUAUACACAGACACACCUGGAUGAAAAACAGCUGUCGAAGCUUCACACUAAGGCUAACUUGAAGAAGUUUAUGGAAUAUGUUCAGCAAAGGAACGUUGAGAAGGUAUCAAAAUUUCUGGAGAAAGGGCUUGACCCAAACUUCCACGACCCAGAGACCGGAGAAUGUCCAUUGACAAUGGCGUCGCAGCUGGAAGGUUGUGCAGAGCUCAUAAAGGUUCUGAAGAAUGGAGGAGCCCAUCUGGAUUUCAGGACCAGAGAAGGAAUAACUGCCCUUCACAAAGCAGUCCGCACCAAGAACCACACAGCACUUAUUACGCUGCUGGAUCUGGGCGCCUCUCCGGAUUACAAGGACAGCCGUGGCCUGACUCCUCUGUAUCACAGCUCUAUGGUGGGGGGCGACCCGUACUGCUGCGAGCUCCUGCUGCAUGAUCACGCUCAGGUGGGCUGUAUGGACGAGAACGGCUGGCAGGAGAUUCAUCAGGCUUGUCGUCAUGGACAUGUGCAGCAUCUGGAACACCUGCUGUUCUACGGAGCGGACAUGAGUGCUCAAAACGCUUCUGGAAACACUGCCCUGCACGUGUGUGCUCUCUAUAACCAGGAUAGCUGCGCGAGAGUGCUGCUGUUCAGAGGGGCGAAUAAGGAGAUUAAGAACUACAACAGCCAAACUGCCUUCCAGGUGGCUAUUAUAGCUGGAAACUUUGACCUGGCAGAAAUUAUAAAGACUCACAAAGCAUCAGAUGUUGUGCCUUUCAGGGAAACGCCUUCCUACACAAAUCGCCGGCAUGUGACCGGAGGCGACACGCUGACAUCAUCACGCUCGCUGCCUCGCUCCGCCUCUGACAACAAUCUGAACAAUGUGGCUGACACAGGCCCCGCCCACUCACCCGUGCCGUCUCUGAGGAGCCUGCCCCCUCUGGCGCAUCCCGGGAUCGACACGGCGGCCGAUGGUAGCCUGCAGAGCACAGGCAGCUCGCUCUCCUCGCACUCCCGCUCGCCCUCCCUCCAGCGCGUCAGCGAGGAGCCCGGCACGCACGCAGUACGCCGACACGCGCCCCUCACACACUCCCACAGCCGUGGACGUCUCAGCCCGGGGACGGUCCAGCGGGACCCCAGCCCUCCACCCGUGGGGCCCUCGCACACACACUCAGGAGCCCGGGGCCCCAAACGGAAACUCUACAGCGCUGUGCCGGGGCGCACCUUCAUCGUGGUCAAACCAUACACACCACAGGGAGAGGGAGAGAUCCAGUUGAACCGCGGAGAGAGGGUCAAAGUGUUAAGUAUAGGAGAAGGGGGUUUCUGGGAAGGGACGGUGAAAGGAAGAACUGGUUGGUUUCCUGCAGACUGUGUGGAGGAGGUACAGAUGAGACAGUUUGAUCCUCGACUUGAGACGAGAGAAGACCGAACCAAGAGGCUGUUCAGACAUUACACUGUGGGCUCCUACGACAACUUUACCUCAUAUAGUGAUUACAUCAUCGAGGAGAAGAACGCUGUGCUCCAGAAGAAAGAGAAUGAGGGAUUCGGCUUCGUCUUGCGGGGAGCAAAAGCGGAGACGCCCAUUGAAGAGUUUACACCCACACCUGCCUUUCCUGCACUGCAGUACCUGGAGUCUGUGGAUGUUGAGGGCGUGGCCUGGAGGGCGGGGCUAAGGACGGGUGAUUUUCUGAUUGAGGUGAAUGGUGUAAACGUGGUAAAAGUGGGACACAAGCAGGUGGUGUCACUCAUACGGCAGGGCGGGAAUAACCUCCUGAUGAAGGUGGUGUCAGUCACACGAAAGCCAGAGUCUGAGGAGACAGUAAGGAAGAAGGCGCCCCCACCUCCAAAAAGAGCGCCCAGCACCACCCUCACCCUGAGGUCCAAAAGCAUGACCGCUGAGCUCGAAGAACUAGCCUCUGCAAGGAGGAGAAGAGGAGAAAGGCUAGAUGAGAUUUUGGCCUCUCAGGAGACAGUACUGAGGCCAAAGGUGGAAGCAGACUACAGAGCAGCAACGGUGAAGCAACGUCCUACUAGUCGCAGAAUUACACCAGCAGAAAUCAGUUCUCUUUUUGAGCGGCAAGGACUUGCUCUCCAUGGUGCUCUACACCCAGCAUUGGAAAAAGCCCACAUGCAGCUGCCGAAAAGCAUGGCUAGAACAAAGUCUUUUGGAGCAACUGAAGAGGAUCGACUGUCUGCCCUGGCAGCAGAGCACAGGUUUCCACGGAGCUCCUCCAUGACGGACAGCCUGAGAGACAGCCAUAGUAUCCCUCCACCUCCUCAAAUGGCCCCCCCACCUCCCCCAUCACUUUACUAUCUAGAUACUGGACCCCCUCCUUCGUUCUGCCCACCCCCUCCCCCUGGUCGUAUUCAUGACCCCAGCCGUUCCAGUUUUAAACCAGGCUCUGAACCAAGACUGCACGCUUUGCCACAGACAAUGUCUGCUGAGAUGUUUGAGCCGCCUCGCCAUGCCUCCCACAUGGAUCGGCAGAAGAAAGCCCGCUCCAUGAUCAUCCUUCAGGACUCAACCCAUCUUCCCGUGGAGCCUACUGACAUCCCCAGGCCAGGUCCUGUUUCAACUCCGCCCGAAAGGAUCAAGCGGAAAGGUCGGGUCAUUGAUAACCCCUACGCCAAUGUGGGCCAGUUUAGCGUGGGCUUGUUCACGCCACCUCAGAGCAAGCCACAGAGAAGGAAGAGUCCGCUUGUAAAGCAACUCCAGGUGGAAGAUGCUCAGGAGAGAGCCUCACUAGCACUUGCAUCCAUCCAUGCGAGAGAGCACUCUCCCUCUGGGCGCCUAGCUGCCCACCAUACCAGCAGGGCUGAUUUCUAUCAGCAGCAGCAGCAGCUGUUGCAAGAAAGGAGUCAAGCUCAGGCUGAGGGACUGUUGCAAGGAAAGGGACCUUUCGCUGCUGCCAUUGCUGAUGCUGUGAAAGACCGGGAACGUCGACUGGAGGAGAGGCGGAAAUCCACAGUCUUCCUAUCAGUGGGCACUAUGGAGGGCAGUUCAGCACCACCCCCAGAGGCCCCCUCACUCACACCAUCCCGUUCUGUUGAUGAACGAAUGCUCACACGUGAACUUGGUCAGUUGCCUCCUCCCGCUCUGGCAUUGCGACCCUCUCCUGGGGGCACCACCUUCAUUCACCCACUGACUGGCAAGCCCCUCAACCCCAACUCUCCAUUGGCACUUGCGCUGGCCGCAAGGGAACGUGCAUUAACCUCCCAGAGUCAGUCCCCUUCAAGCAGCCCUGAGCCCAGAACUAAAUAUGAAGCUGCUGGAGGGGUGCUGUAUAUGGAGACCCAGACCAAAGAGGCUGAGCGGUCACAGGUUGAGAGGGAGUUUGCCUCACCUCCCUUUUCCCCUGCAACGAAAAGAAUUUAUGAGACCUCUGCCCCCACCAGCAAAAUUCAGUGGGGAAGUCCCAUAUCCACCAGGAAAGAGUUGGAAACAAGAACAGAAUCAAAGGAGGAAAGGAAAAUUGAAGACAAGAAGAGUAUGAUCAUCAGCAUCAUGGACACGUCUCAGCAAAAAACUGCUGGGCUUAUCAUGGUUCAUGCAACGAGUAAUGGGGAGGCUGUGGGGCCCAGCCCAGAACACAUUGUCCCCUCCCCACCUCCCAAGGGGGCAUUGUCAGAGAGCCCAAAACCCAUGUUAGCUGAAAUAAAACGCGCCAAGUCCCCUGGUCCUGAUGCUUCUUUGAGAUCCACCCCUCCUCCAGCCACAGCUCCAACUUCCCAGCAACCUCCCAGCCCAUCCUCAGAUAAAACCCUGGCACAGGGUAGUUCUGAGGAGGACGUGGAACCCUAUACGGUCACAUUGCCACCUGCUAUGCUUUCUUCCAGUGACGAGGAGACACGUGAGGAGCUCCGCAAAAUCGGUGUGGUUCCUCCACCAGAUGAAUUUGCCAAUGGCCUUCAUGGAAAGACACCUGCAACUGCAGUACCUCCUGCUCCGACGUUGGCGCAAACAACCCCUUCUGCCCUGCCCUCGGCUCCACCACCACCCCCCGUCCCUCCAGCAGUGGUCGCCACAGCAGCACAGGUCCCUGCUAGCAGUGGCCCGCAAGCAGCCUCAGGGAAGCCAUCUGAGUCCCACCUGGGCCCAGAGUCUGCUGCUGACUCCGGGGUGGAAGAGGUAGACACUCGUAGCUCCAGUGAUCACCACCUGGAAACCACGAGCACCAUCUCCACUGUCUCCAGUAUGUCCACACUGUCCUCGGAAAGUGGCGAGCCUACGGACACCUACACCACCCACGCAGAUGGCCAGACGUUCAUUCUUGAUAAGCCGCCAGUGCCUCCAAAGCCAAAGCUCAAGUCCCAGCUCAGCAAGGGCCCGGUGACGUUCAGGGACCCUCUGCUCAAGCAGUCAUCUGAUAGUGAACUGCUCUCACAGCAGCACGCGGCUGCGCUGGCUGCUGCUGCGGGAGCCUCAGGCCCGGCUAGACCCCGCUACCUCUUCCAGAGACGCUCCAAGUUGUGGGGGGACCCCGUGGAACCCCGUCCGCUUUCGGGGGCAGAGGAAGGCAAGCCCACUGUGAUCAGUGAGCUCAGCUCUCGGCUGCAGCAGCUGAACAAGGAUACGCGCUCACUCGGGGAAGAGCCGCUUGGAGCUUCACUUGACCCCGGAAGGAAAUCGCCCGUGGUUGGUGCAAGACUCUUCAGCAGUUUGGGGGAGCUCCAUACUAUCUCUCAGAGAGGCUAUGGCACCACCUACACCAUCAGACCAGGCAGCCGCUACCCAAUGACCCGGCGGACACCUAGUCCCGGUUCCCCGGACCGCUCGGAUCCUCUGGGACCCAUCAGGGGCUUCGGUCUGGCCACUUCUCCCAUCACACCCCCCACCAUCCUUAAGUCGUCUAGCCUCAGUCUCCCUCACGAACCUAAAGAAGUGCGUUUUGUCAUGAGGAGCUCUAGCGCAAGGAGUCGCUCUCCCUCGCCGGCCCCCUCCUCGGGCAUGCCCUCCCCCCUGCUCACCCUGAGGCCGUUCCACCAGAAGCCCCUCCACCUGUGGAACAAGUACGAUGUUGGCGACUGGCUGGCCAGCAUUAACCUGUCUGAACACCGGGAGCGAUUCCAAGAGCAUGAGAUCGAGGGCUCCCAUCUGCCUGCUCUGACCAAGGAGGACUUUGCUGAGCUGGGCGUGACGCGCGUCGGUCAUCGCAUGAACAUUGAGCGCGCCCUUAAACAGCUGCUGGAGAGUUGACCACGCGCUUCCCUCUACCUGUAGCUAGUCUCAAACACAGUUUUCUUUUAUUAUCUUAUUUAAUUUGCUUGUCUUGUCAUUUUUCUUGCAAUUCUUGAGCUUUAAAUCUGAAGUGUGUCAUUUUGAUGUUCAAAUAAUUAUCCUGUCCCACGCUUUCGUAAAAAGCAAUCCCUGGGGUGGUACUAAAUGGUAUUAAUAUGUACCAUUUAGGUACUGCUAGGUACAUUUUUGGUGCUAAUAUGUUAGGCAAAGAUGUCUAAUUUUGCUCCAGGUGGGACACUUUUUUUCAGUUUCAAUACACUUUCCUGGAAGUUUCAACUGAUUUUGUAGGCUGUGAUUAGCUGUUUAGCUGAUGUAUUUAACUGGAACUAGAGCUAAACAAUGCUGACGAGUGGCCAUCCUGGAGCAGGAUUGGACACCGCUGCUUAAAGGUACUAUUAUGAACAUUUUAGGUGUAGAAAUAAGUAGGGUUGCAAAGAGGCAGAAAUUUUGUAAAGUUUACAGAAAUGUUCCACCCUUUGCAGCCCUAUAAAUAAGGUACAACGGAAUGGAACUGCACCAGGAACAACUUUUUUGGACCUCUUUUUCCAGAAAUGCAAUAUAAUAUUCCUACCAAUCUGAUGCACCAACAUUUACAGUGUUUGUCCAACCAUUGGCAGUCAAUUUAAACAAUCAUUUUUGCUAUUGCCGCAGAAAUACACACUUCAGUUUUAAAUAAUCUCACUAUUUCCUAAAUCAAACAUUAGUGUAGUGGGUGUUGACUCAUGCUGUUUUUUUUUUUUUUUUGUAGCACUAUCCUAAGCCCCUCUCACGCUACUGCCAGCAGCCAAUCACAUGGGUGUUGUGUAUUUGGAAGGGGCUAUGAAUUUAGUGAUCGAAAUUGGCUUUGUUCACACUGCACAAAAAUCAGAUUGGCUGAUAUGUGGUUAAUCCAUAAUUAUGUAAUUGCGUCUUGCCAUGGUGCCAAACUCAUGAUGCAGGCAAAUACUUAAAGCCCCUCAUUGAUUCAACUCAUUUAAUAUUCACUGAAUAGUUUGCUAUAUGGUGAAAAAGUGAGAGAAAAUUAGUGCAUUUCCAAAGUAAAUCUCAUCCCGAAUUAGGAAAAACGACUUGAAUUCCAAUUUGACAGUUCACACUGCAUUUUAAUCUGAUUUCAAACCACUUACAGUAAUAUGGGUCAAAAAUAAUGUUUUUUUGCCAUCCAGACUAAAAAACUCAGAUUUUUGUUGUCUGUCUAAUCAAAGCCCAUUCAAAACAUCUCGUAAUUGAUUCUUCAGUUUUAUUAGCAUGAUAAACACCCACUAAUCCCUUAGUCCCAAAUCCAGUUUUUCUAUUUUACGAUUCACUUCUUACCGCUGUCUUUCAUUCGGAGAAAGGAGGGAUGCUGUUGAGAAAAGGAAGUUCAGUUGCCUUUCAGAGUAUUUUUUUAGGAGUGGAUGAGCAGAGUGGGCGUGGCCGGAUCCUCUCUGUCUACCACCUGCCCCCUUCUGGCUGAGGGACGUACUACACUCGGAGAAUGUUUAACCAACACUAGUGGCUUUUUCAUAAUCAGACUCUCUUUACCUUUGGGUUUCCAAAGGAAAUAUGACAUUAGAUAGAAUAUCUCAAUGUAUUUAAAUAGCUUUGAAAAUAGAGGGAGACAGCAAACAACAGGACGGACUGCAAAACUGCACCUGUCUCUCUCUCUCUCUCUAGAUGAUUUAUUCCACCAAUAAUUUACCCAUUUUUACCAAUUAUAUACAUAUAUAUUUGACAGAAAAAAGUAUAUAGAUAUAUGAAUAUAAAUUUUUUUGUCAUAAAUAUAAAACUUAUAUAUGAUAUUAUAUAUAUAAAGACAAAAAAACACUCUUGAAAAUGAUUUUUGAUGGUUAUCCUUUUAUGAUGGACUGUAGCAUGAAACGUUACAUCACCAUACGGAAUGAUAGUUGACUGAUUUGUUUGAUUUGCAUUGUACCACCCCCUUUUUUGAUUUUCCUUCUUAUAGUUUUACAGAACCUGGUCUUCCAUCUUUAAUUGGGCUGUAACGGUGUGUUCAUGUUCAUGUGUUCACACACACCGCUUUUGUCUGUUAUUCGUUUGUAGUUUUUUUGUAUGACACAAAAACGCGUUCCCAGUACAGUUACACACUUUCAUGCACACAACCACACCAGUUUCUUAUCCAAAUUCAUUCUAAAUCUUCUUAAUCUGGUGAUAAGAAAUUCUGAAUAAGAAACUCUGCAAUAAGUGUGCGUGCAAACAAGUGUGCAGUGUGCAUGACAGAACACUGUGGGACGGGAAACAUCUGGAACAUUGCCGCUCAUCUGGAUGGUAACGACUGGUGUUUGAAGACAGAAUCUAUAAUUGUAAAAGUUUCCUUAUAUGUUAACCUGCUGUAAGCACUGAAGCAUUUGGCUUAUUUGCUUUCGCCUUUUUUUAUCUCCUUAUUUAUUUAUUUGUUGUCUCUCCUCAUAGGUGGAUUUUGUAGCUUGUGAAAUAUGAUGCUUAGAAGAAUUUUCAUGAAUUCAUUUAGGAUCAACUUUAGAAUGACAACUAGUUAAAAGAGGAAGCUGAGGACAAAAGAUUUCAUGAAAAAAACAAUCAAUGAAAAAGAAGCCCAGAGAUCCUGCAGCUGUAUAUAUGGACAAAUGACUUAAAUAUUUGCUUUUUAUAUCAAUCACAAGCAAUGUAUAUACGAUAGUUUUCAUAUAAAUUUUUAAAAAUCAAAAAAUAUAUAGAUCUAUAUAUGAAUGUUUGGCAUAUAUGCAUAGUUAACCACCUGUCAAAAAAGGUGAAAAUUUUACUCUUUGUAUGGAGUUCGGGUGAUUUGCACAAAACAAGGUGCUAGCAUUUCAAGCCAUUCAUUCCCACCUGUCCCGUUCAACCCUCCAUUAGGGCUCAACAAAUGCAUAAUUAUACGUAACCUGGGACAUGCAAACACAGACACUCAUUUCUCUUCUGUGCACCAUCAGUCCUGUUUUUAAUACCUAACGUGUUUGUGUGUCUUAGACUGCGACAGCAGACACCAUUGGUCAUCUCUUCUCUUGCAUCUAAAAUAAAGGCCACACACGAACAGCCAAGGAUGACAAGACAUUCACAGUGCAUCAUCAGAUGAGCACACCAGUAACACUGUGUGGGGAAAAGUCGAAGCAGAUGCCAUAUUUAUCUUGAUAUGAACGAAAAGAGACGCUGCAGGGAUUGAAGUACAGCCUGUUCACAAUGCAGGUAAAAACAGAUGCCACUCCUCUUCUUUAUGCUGUGUUGGACACACUGUUAAAUAUGAGAGUGACAUUCUAAACCUGAUUUCACCGGGGAUACAAAAUCAAUUUGUGAUUUUAGACAUUACAACGGUAUAAUGGACAGAAUUAAACUGGAUAUCAACUCUGGGAUUUGAAGAACAUUUUAUUUUACAGUUUAUUUAUUACUGGUAAAUAUUAACUUUUUAUUUUUGGGGGGUAUAGAAAUUAAUAUUUUAGUCAGCAAAAAUGCAUAAAGUUAAGAGAUAAUAUUAUAAAAUAUUUCUAUUUCAAAUAAAUACUGUUCUUUUAAAAUGUUCUAUUCGUCAAAUAAUUCACUAUCACCGGAAAUAUUAUGUGGGAAAACUUUUCAACAUUGAUGACAAUAAGAAAUGUUUCUUGAGCGGCAAAUCAGUAUAUUAAGAUGAUUGUGUGACACUGAAGACUGGAGUAAUGAUGCUGAAAAUUCAGCUUUGCACCACAGGAAUAAAUUAUAUUUUAAAAUAUAUUCAAAUAGCAAAAUAUAUAUUUUUUUUAUUCUAAUAAAAUGAAUGUUUUUAAUGCAUGUUUUGAUCCCAAAAAUGCAGCUUUAGGGAGCAUAAAAAGACUGGCAUUUAGCAUUUAAAAUAUACAAAUUUCCAGCAUAAAAUAAGGGUUUUAAAAAUCAAAUGUGACUUGUGAACAAAAUUGAACAGACUGUACUUUUAUCACCUCAAAGCAUCAUUUCUGUUCUGUAAAUAUGGUGAUUGCUCUGAUUAAAUUGUAUUCUCCCAUCCUAGAUGAAGAAGACUAGUUAGUAUUUAGCUCAUUAACAGAGAUCCUGAACUCCGUUAAACCGUCAGUCUGUUUGACUGUACAAGGGCUUGAAUGAAGGUGUUGAGGGGCCGUUUGGAGUCGGGCCCCGAGAUAACUGUGAAUUACUUACUAUAUAAGUCCUCAGAUGCAGAUGAGCCCUGGAAAAAUAUACACAGAUUCCUUCACCCCACUUCGUUUUUUUUUUUACACAAAAUCUUACAGAAAGGUUUUGAUUUAGAGAUGACCUAUUUCAUUUCCCAUCCUGGUAAAAAAAAAUCAUGUCCCUUUAUUCAGCUCAUUCUGAAGAAUAAAAGCAAGUGUGUGUAUGUUUUCGUGAAUGUCUUCUCACUCUGGAGACUUGGAACUGCAUUUCUGAGCCAUAUGUACCACAGUUUUCAUCCUCUCAUCUUCUGAUGAACACUUGAGCAGUGAUUUUUGUUCAGUACACGUCACUUUCAUCUUUCAUAAUAUUGAUUUUCUCAUGUUCAUUACAUUAUAGUUGUUCUAGCAGGAGAUGAAACCACUGAAGAAAAAUGAACAAAUGUGCCAAAAAGUUUUUUUUUUUUUUUUAAGUUUGAAGGAACUAAACGCUGUUUAAACCAGCACUAUGGUGCCACCUCCUGGAAAUCUUGAGACAUUUCCUAUUUUCUUUUGCUCACUUUUGUUUCCCCAAAUAUAGGAGUUUGUACAUUUGAAUGUUUUCAACGAUUUCCAUACGUGGCCCGAUUCAUUGAGUUUCAUGGGGACAUUCACGUCUGUUCUGUUUGGCUUGAAUUCCAAUAAGUCAAUUAGUGACUGACUUGCACAUUCGGUGGACGCUCUCCCUGACCUUUGCCCUUUACUCUCUCCCAAUGUAGCGCAGACAUCAGGGGUUCUGCAUAUUUAACCAGAAUGAAAAUUGCAAUUGAUUUCUUUGUAAUUUUACUCUACCAAUGGCAGGACUAAACAUGAAAUAAAACACAUCAUUUACAUGACUACAGUAUGUUCUAUAGGGUUGUCCAUCGUGUUUUCUGACCAACAAAAGCACAAUAAAAAUGGCAAGAAAUGCAGUAUAUACUGCUUUAAUGA